UCUGUUAUCAACAGUUAACGAUACCGUCAACCGGAUAGAUAUUUAGUCAUUAUUUGUAAGUAAUUGACCGUUUUUUUUUUUAAUCUACGACAAAUUAAAUGAAAAAACGAAUCUAAAUGUGCCUGCAGUGCAUUAUUCGACAAACUUAAAAUAUUGUCACUAACUAUGGUUCCUCGCGUGACAUUACUAGAUGCACAAGUCCUUGAUGAAUAUAUUUCCAAAAUACUUAUCGAUCAGACGGUUAGAGCUUUGAAAUGUUUACCGACAUGGAUUGUCAAUGACUUGAGUUUGGAAAUUAACACAUUUUUACAAUGCCUUCUUACAUAUUAUUCAGUAUCAAAAUCAAAAGCAUCAUUUGGUCAACAACUUCUUGGCGUCAAGUAUAAAUCAGACCAGUUAACGGGCAUUAAAUUAGUUCUGUUAAAUAUAUUAACAAUUGGAGGAAAAUAUGUAGCAUCAAAAGUAGAAAGCCCUUCAGAAAACUUUAUAAACAAAUUUAAUAAUUUAGAAACAAUAUUCAUUAUUGUAAAAGUGGCUUCAUUUUUAAAUUUCUUGAUGUUCCUUCGACAAGGCAAGUACCCAACACUCGCUCAACGAAUUUUAAACCUAACACAGGAAUCGACUCGUAGGAGAACUGUUGGUUAUGAAUAUAUGACUAGAGAAUUGUUAUGGCAUGGUUUCUCUGAACUUUUGCUGUUUACAUUACCUUUAGUCAACUAUCAAUCAGUUAAACAUAAAGUUAAAAGAUUGAUUUAUUCGUAUUCUACAAACGCAAGUGACAAAUGGAUCGACAAAUCACCAAUACUGAACGCUAGAACAGUGUGCACGAUAUGUCAAGACAAACCGAUUUUACCUCACCACAUGAAAUGUUCACAUGUAUUUUGUUAUUAUUGCAUUAAAACUAUGAGAAUGGUAGAUGAAAAAUUUGUAUGUCCAGACUGCUGCCAUUAUGAUAAAGAUAUAUUACCUGUGAUAAUUAACUAAGCAACAAAUUAUGAAUGGGAUAUGUUAUAAGUUGAUAGUUAAUUUUUAAAAUUGUCUGGUCUAACUAUUCAAGUUUUAACACUAGUAUCCAUCACUAUCUCUUCUUUUGUAUCAGUAUAUUUUUUUCUUUAUUGUCUAUUGUAUUAUU